GACUUGAAGGCAGUCGACUCCGCAUAAGGCUGGAGGACACGAUGGUUUUAUGUGCCAAUCGACCAGGAGGUUCUUCCUCCCUUUUUGACUGAGACUCAGCCUUCCAAGACGGCGGCCUGGGAUCAUCUAGUGUCUGAUGCUGAGGCCAAGGAAGCUGCUCCUCUACUCGCGAAGUUACCUGAUCUGCUGACCAGCGUGUCUAGGAUUCAGUUGAUUAGCACAUACAUGAAGAUGCUAGUGUGGCCCCUGCGUCUCCGUGCCCACCCUAUGUGGCAAUAUGAGGGGCCACUCGACUCUACCAGAAUGAGUCAAGAGGAGUUGUCCGAAAAGGAGCUCAGUGCCCAAGUGAAGAAGAUCACUAGCAUCAAGGCUUCAGAGUCGAUUAACUUCUCCUUCAAGGUUUUGCCUUAUGGACCAGGCAAUGUGCUACCUGAGGAUCAUUCGAUUGCUUCCUCCCUGCCACCUUUGCCUGAGGCCGGUCCUACUUCAGAGACCAUGGCACAAGAAGAUCUUUGCAUGCCUGCAACCGAGCCUGCUUCAGCGCAUACUACUCCAGUCGAAAACUUGGAGGUUGAAGCUGGCGAUGAAGUUAGUCAGCUCGCAACCGAAGUUGCAGCUGAUUCGGAGGAAAUUUUGAACACCCGCAAGGCGAAGCGGCUUCGAUUGGCGAGUGAUUCUCCAAGCGAAGCAUCUGAUGAACAUGAUCAAGCUGGUACCCGUAACUCGGGUACUCACUCGCCUGUGAAAAGUAUUCCUCUGGCUACUUCUCCUCUUGCUUCACGUCCUCCUCCUCCUUCGAGCAGCGCUCCUUUCAUAGGAGCACUUGCUCUUGACGAAGAGCCUGAAUCAGAUGAUGAAGAAUCCAGUGGCAAAUCACCACCCUCUCCUCCUGUUGUGGAUACUACGAAUGAUCCACAACCUAUGAUCACCCAGCAGGUCGACGCAGCUACUACCUCUUUGGUUGCUCCAGCUGCUCCUCUAGUUGAAGCUGCCAACCAGGAGAAGGCUAUAGUCGAUGCUGGUACCCUAGCUUCUUCCUCUAGUUCCUGGACUGAUCAUCCGAUGUAUGCUGCCCUUUCCACAUGGGUACAAACCCUUGUUCGUGUUGAAAAGGAAAGGGACUCCUUGAAGAUUUCUGCAUCUGAGCUUUUUGGGAAGCAAAAAUAGACUGAAGAGCGAGUAGGCACCCUUGAGGGGAGCUGAAAAACUUGAAGGCCAAGCUCGAGACUCAAGAGGCUGAUUCUAAGAAGGCACUCAAGGAAGCCCAAGAUGCAGCUCUCACUCGUGAGAAGGAUAUCCUCAGUCGACUGUCUUCAUUGGCACGUUCUGCCAUAGGUGUUGACGCUGCUGCUUCUUCUUCAGAGCCAUCCCAUGCUGAAGUAUCACUUGAAGAUGCGAUUGCUGAUCUGGAGAUGGUCUUAUCCAAGACCUCGACUGAUCUUGUUGCUGCUUCUGGUGCACUUGGCUUCCUGCACAAGGAGAUGAUCCCUGCUGCUGAUGUGCCAUCUUCAGUCGAAGAUCUUGCGGGCGCUUUUGGUGCUGGGACAACAGCAGUCAUGGACUUUGCUCGCGGAUGCACGGAUGAAGUUUGUGCUGUAGAUGUUCCUUCCUCUUCUCGAACUGCCAAUCGCAAUGCCAGCUAUUCGAGGAGAAACUCCCGAGCUUUGGAUGAUGCUAGGAAUCGAAUAAAAGAAUUGGAACAAGAGCUAGCCGAAAAGCAGGCUGAACUCGAUCUUAUUAAUUCACGCCCAAGCUUUGCUACCCAACGAGAGAAUUAUGUGAUGGAGGAGGUGGAAUCUGUAAACCGCCAACUCGAAGCAUUUGUUCCCAACUUCGAGCAAGAGGAUAGGAGAGUUUCUCGAUUGCUGGAGAAUGCGAUUGAAGAUCCUUCGAAUGGCCGUCAAUAUUUCCUUCUGGACAAAGUUCACGCGCGUGCUUUACUUACCUUGAAGGACCGGGUAUGGAGAAACGCCCAAAUACUCGAGAUAUGCAGGCGCAUCUUUGCCAGUUUGAAUCGUGCACUUUUUCCUGGUGGGCCGCAGCCGCAAGGAUUAUUCCCUUUGAUUGAUAUCUUUCGAGUUUCAGAAUCAGUUAAAGAAUCCUUGAUGAACCUUGCUGUGCUUGGAGCCAAUGCUACCAUGGCCUAUAUACGCAGCCGUAGGCCUAAAUUUUCCCUACAGCCACCUGCUCCAGGUGAACUUAUUUCUCAAUCGUGUCUAGGUGAGACAUACCCUGCAGCUGAAAACUUUAUAAGUCGUUGUCGAGAUCAAUUCUUUGGCCCUGUAACGGAGAUAAAGAACGAAUAGACAAUUUUUGAACAUGCUUUAUGUCUAAGAUUC